AUAUAGAUCUAGCUUAAAGCAGUCAAUAAUACAUUAAGGAAGUACAGCAAAUACAAUACGGUUUAUAAAGUUAAUGGAACAUACAUGAUUAUCGAGUUUACCGUGACAAAUCGAUAGACUUGUGAUCAUCAUACAAGACUUUUGAAAGACAUGGAAGGGAGUAACGACCAUUUUGACAUUGUUAUAUCUUUCGACUCAACAUAUUCAAUGUACAGUUGUCUAGACAACGUGAAGAGCAAAAUGCAUGGAAUGAUUAGAUUACUUAAAUCUAAAAUACCUGACAUACGUAUGGGAGUAAUAGCUCACGGUGACUAUGAUACCGACUUAUAUCUGAUCAAAUAUGAAGAUCUAACAUCAGAUGCAGAUACACUCUGCUCAUUUGUCAGUGCUGCUGGUUGUAACAGAGGAUCAACAAUGGACGAGUGUUAUGAAUUAGCCCUACAUUACAGUCGAACAAAAAUGUCUUGGCGUGUCAACAGUUCCAGGACCCUUGUUUUGAUCGGAGACUGCCGACCGCACGAAGCCGCUGACUAUCAGAAUAAACAAAACAUAGACUGGGAACAGGAAAUAACACUACUUCGAGAUAUGAAUGUAAAAAUAAACGCAGUGCAAUGCCAGAACAGAACCUAUGCAGAUUCGUUCUACCAGAAGAUAGCGUCAACAACAUUUGGGCAUUAUGUGUCCCUGAAUGACAUUAGGAGGAUUGAAGAAGUGUUAAUAUCUAUCUGCUAUAGGGAAGCUGGGCUUGGAAUGGAAACAACUGUGCCCCCCGUUCUUCCAUCAUCAUUCAUCCAACCAAAUCCAUCGGCAUUAACACCCAUGUGUACAGAUACACGAGCGGAGACUACAAUGCAAGACAACUCUGAUUUCGAUUCCGAGUCCGACAGCGAUGACCAAUCUGAUAAUGGUAUGUCUUGUCCAAUGUGUAAUACUGUGAAGCCACCGAAUGAAUUUCCAUCAACCACUGCUAGUGAAGAUUGUGAACAUGCACUGCUUGAAUGUCUCAGGUGUGUUGUAAAGCAUAUAACCGAGGAAGGAACUUGCCCAGAUGAAAAUUGCAACGUCCACAUCGACUCAGAUUGCCAAAUGGUUCAAUUUUUCCAGGCUAAACUUGAUAGGCUUUUCGUAGACUACAGUAAGGUAUUGGAACAACGUACUAAAUUGCUAAAACCUGGCGGCGAUUUAAUCAGCAUAUCAACUAUCAACGGCGACACAGAAUGGUUUCCAUUCCGACCAUAUAUGAGAAUUGGUGAUCUGAAACAGGAAAUUAGUGAAAAACUAGGUGUGAGAGUAGAAGAACAGCGAUUGAUAUACAAUGACACAAAUUUGAAGACUGAUGCCAAGUUGUCUGACUACAACAUUCCCAGUAAUUCAAAUAUUUCCUUGAUUAUGCCACUAUACUGUAUUCCGGAACACUUGGACCACGUGGUGUUUGACCUGUCCUGGGAAUUCCCCCCUGUGAAUCCAGAUUUCCUCGAUGCUACCUGCAUGGCCUUCAGAAAGGAUGAGUUUGUUCAGGUCAUCGACUGGACACAUUCUUCAAAUAAAUACUAUCUGAGCAAUUCGAUAAAACACUCGGAGAAAAAUCUUACUGAUCCCGGGGCAAAGACUGGACAUCAGACGAUCCAUGUUCAUUUGAAAAGCGUACCUGGGAAUAUAACUCAUCUGUACUUCACGCUAAGUUCAUGGCGGUCACCAAACCUGUCCGAGUUCAGAAACCCUUCAUUGAAAUUUUAUGAAGCAUCUAGCGAAAACGUUAAUUUGUGUGAAACCACAUUUGGGCAUGCUUUAAGUUCACAAGCUGUCAUCAUGUGCUCGGUUGUUCGUGCAGGAACAAAAUGGCAAAUAUUUGAGUGUGGUGCUGGUAGUCUGGUAGCUGGAAACGCGAAGUGUUACAACCCCAUUCGAGCAAGAAUUGCAGAACUAAUACAAAAUGAGCUAUAGAUAGUGCUGUCGCUGGUGUGUUGCGCCACUUAUUCAGUGACGUGUUUUCUUGGACAAUAAUUUUAUGUACAAUCUUUCAACAAUCAUGAAUCGUAGAAUGUCUUUAAGUAAUUUACGUUUCUGAAUUAUAAAGUAAGAUAUGCCAUAUUCUGUAAUUUUGUUUCUGUUGGAUUCAACGUCAAAUCGACGUUACCUUUUUUGUAUAAAUGUACACUUAGCAGACCGCAUGUGCCAUUGUGGCGUCAUUACAGGCAUGAACGAUUACUUGGAAAGAACCGAUACAGCCUUACUUAGAGGAAACACGCUGGCAUUGCAGGUACAGACGAACUCAAGGUUAGAACCCAAGACCGCCUGCAAGCCACGUUGAUGACUCCCUCAAGAUAUAUAUAUGCCAUGCGGGUCAUAAGUAAAGAUGCAACAACGGGUAUUCAGUUGUACCUGAAGGCAUUCUUUAAUACGGGCCGGUAUAUCAAUUAAGUAUACGUUUAGGUAUAUAAUUAUACGUGUUGGUAUAAUGGUACCUGCCUUUUCAGUUUUACACCUACACGUACUUACCAAGUAUUUACCAAAAGUAUAUACACGUAAAAAGUAGUUAUCUGCGUACAUUCCUGAUUUCUACCUAUGGGUAAAAAGUUAACCCUGCAGGUGCGAUUUAUAAAUGCAAGUACAGAAAUAUAGAUGCAGGUAUGUUAUAUGCAGAUAUGUUAUAGUUUAUACCAGCCGGUAUAUAUUUGUACCUACAGGAAUAAAAUUUAACAUGCAAGUAUAAUUUUAUUACUGCCUGAUGUAUCUCUUCAAUUUUGACCCAAAUAGUUAGCAGUACUCAUUUGAGUGAAAUAUGUUUAUCUUCUGUAACGCUUGAACCUACACAAACUGGGGCACAAUUCGACGAAAUUGUCCACUUGGAAAUGAACAUAUUUUGCAAGCAGAUGUUUAUUGUUUACACAUAUUAUAUGAUAAUACUUUGAACCUUUAAACCUUUCAAAACACACACAGGGACAUUUUAUCCAACUUAACAACUGUUUUAUACUUCUCUGUAGUCGCUGCAUUAAUGGUUUUAGUUACCCAGCGCGCAUUAAUAACAAAAAUUGCGAAAAUUUACAAACUUCUAUUUUUGUAGCAAUUUAAACAUUAUAAGGAGGUUAUGGGGGUAUCCUUAUAAGGGGAGUGCACCAGGAGUGGUGGAAGCUACAAGACAACAACAACAAUGGAUAUUAAAAUCAGACGAAAGAUGAACAUGUGCUGUAUUUGCAAUUCACUGUCUUUGAAACGGAUUGAGAUACACCAAUGCAACAUGGGUGUUCAUUCUUAUGUGUCCUGUACUGUGAAUACGUUCGAUAAUUAACUUCAUUUCUUGUUUGAUUGUUGUUCUAGCUAUGUUCAUCUCUACAUAUUCUGAACUGUGUAAAUAUUAUUAAAGCUAUUAUAUGUAUAUGUCGAUUUGCA